AUGGCGAAGGGCGGCGGCACCGCCGGCGGUGGAGAGCACCGCGUGCGAAUGCCGGAGAAGGGCUGCGCCGGCCAAGCGGGCGAGGGUGCAAAGCCGGAGAAGCAGCUGAACGGCUUCGUUCGCGCGGUCGCGCUGAUCGAGCGGCUGGGCAACGCCCUUGGCACGCUCGCCUUCACCUGGGCAACCGUCGUCCUGCUGGGGGGCUAUCCCACGGUGCUACGCGAAGACAGCGACUUUUGGUUAGCGACCGCCAUAGUUUUCCUAGAAGCAGCAAGGAUGUUCAGCCGUAACAACAGACUGGAUUACCAAUUGUUCUUCCAUACCAAAGGCGCGGUGAGACCUCUUGGCUGGAAUGGGCUGGUCGUCGUCGUGUACCUUUCCAAUGUUUACAACUACAUGUUGAUUCCAGCAGCAGUUGCACGGAUAGUGCUCUCGCUGCUGCGCAUAGUAUCACAUGACUACUACGGAGAUAAACCAGAUGAUCCUGCCAAGACAAACCUUGCACCAUCACUAAGUAUCUUCUACUGGAUGGUGUUUCUCCAGGGAAUGCUCUACUCUGUAGCAUGCUUGCUCGAGAUCUUCUCCUUCAUCCCACGGAGAGCCCUUGCCCGUCAUGGUGGGUUUAGAGGUCGGUGCGGAGCGGAAUGCAUAAGUUUGUACUACGCAUAUGCCUUGGAGAAAUGCAUGGAGAAAGAUGUGCUAGCUCCGAAAAAGAUCAGCCUCACCAGCUUUGCCAUGGACUCCAUAGACUCGGACUCACCCAAGAGGCAGCUCCAUGGGAUUAGGGUGAUGCAAAAUCUUCUACGGAUGGAACCGACGAGGACACUGCUAGUUCUGAAACUCAAAGCAUCCAUGAAUACGGUGGCCAGAUUAAUCGAAAUGUUGGACUGGACAAGCCCAGCGGAUAGAGCUGUCAGAUUGUCUGCUGCGAGAGUCGUUGCUGAGCUUGCAAAGAGCCUCCGAAUCAUCAGUGUCCCUGGAACUAUAAAGUUUGUAUCUUCACUUCUGGAUGUUGAUGGAGAAUCGGAAAGAGAAAACACACUUCUGGACACAGAUGAUGAGCAGGACAAAGAACAAGGUAUAGCUACGGAUUUAAUGUAUAUCCAAGAGCAAAAUCAUGGGUUGGCUAUGGAAGAUGGUAGCCUAGGGCAAAGGCAAAACCCACUUUGGGACACAAGUAGCUUAAUGGAGACAGAAGCCUGUUCGACCCAGCAAGUUGGCAUGAAAGAGCAGAACUACUGCUUCCUUCGAUGCUGGAAACGGAUUACAAGGCUCUGGUCAACUCCCCAGGAGGAGCCAGAUGUCGACCAUGAUCACCUCCCUGCUCUGGGAAUGUCAAUUCUUGACAGCCUUUGUUGUGAUCAGGACAACUGCGUGGAGAUGAGCAGAGUGGCAGGCCUCAUCCCGGAGAUCAUUGGGUUCACAUCCUACAAACGUUACACAAAGAACGCCAACGAGGUGCAGCAGAAGAUACUGAUGCGGUCAUCGCUUAAAUUGUUGAAAAGGCUCUCAAAAACUGGUGGGGAGAUCGGUAUCACACUACGCCACAAGAUCUCCGAGCAUCCUCUACUACUGACAAAUCUCUCGGAUAUCUUGGAUGACAGAUUCAGCAGCCAAGGAGUCAGGAAGCUGGUGAUAGGAAUCCUCAGGAACCUUGCCCUUGAUGCAAACACAAGCAAGGAGAUCGGGCGCAUCCAAGCGAUCAUUGGCAGAUUGAUGGAUGCAUUUCUCAAACCAUCUGCAACCUCAUGUAAGAAUCCAAAUCGGUUUCUACAAAAGGUUGCUGGGCAAGCACUUGCAAUGCUGGCAAUGGAGAGUGCUGAUAACUGUGCAGCUAUGCUGAUGGAAGCAGGCAAUGCCAUUGGAGAACUGGCAAGUAUGAUCUGUGAAAAUAAUAAUAGAUAUGUGGCAGCUAGACUGUUGCAUAAUGUGUUCCAGAACAUGCAACCAGAGCUCAGCAGCUCGGACAUGAGGAAACUGUGUGAAACUUUGCGUAAGGUUCUUGAUGCAAUACUGGAUGCAGAAACAGAAGGGGCGGAACUCGAGGUCCUCAUUCGCCUUAGUGCACAUAUUUGUAAAGUCAUUCCUGAAUAUUUUGCCCGAGAACUAGAGAAUGAUCACCGUAAGGAAAUAUUCGUGAAGAGGCUUGUCGAUGCGCUGAGAGCAAACAUGAACCCAGCUGUCCAUUGCCCUGGAAUCAGGAGGGUUGUAAUUGAGCAAGCCAUACAACUGAUGACCUGCAAUUCUCGUUAUGCCGAUGUUUUCAACCAAUACUGCAUGGUGGAACUACUGUUGAUGGUAGAGCGGACACCCUCAAGGGUCGAAAGGUACAGGAUCUUCUUGGGAAAUACAGGAUUCAUGGAGCACAAGGAACCUCUCGCCGAUCUUGUGGCUGCAGCAAAAGAACUGUUGUGCCGCCAAUGGGUCAGAGGCAUGACCUGUAAUAACUAA